AAAUUUUAUAAAAAAAAAUAAAUAAAUAAAUUAGUUAUAUUCAUGAUGGAUUAAAUAAAUAAUAGCAAUAUCUAAAACUAAUUAUUGUGCUUGAAGCACUAUUAGCAAUCAGAAUACUUGCAAUUUGCCAGUGAUAAUGAAGAAGAUCUAUUUUGCUGCUACAAUUGUUUGUAUGAAGAGUGUUAUAAAGUAAAGAAUAUGAUACCUUUAGAAAAAAUUUAAAGUUGUGAAGAAGAUCAUAUUAUAUUUUCGUGGCCUCCUCUUGACGAGUAAGAUUUAGUUUGUUAGAUAUACCAAAUUAGCCAAUAUGAUAACCCUAUUAGCAUAUAAAAGUUAAUUUAAUUUUUUGAUGAAUUAGAAACAGAAAUUAUAACUCAUUUAUAGAAAUAAAAAAAGGCCUUUUUAGUAAAAAUUAAUAAUAUUUCCACUUAAAAUUAAGAAUUAUUAGAUUUCUAUUCUAAAAUUUCUAAAUUAAGUGACAUAAAAGGUAUAAUUUAGGAUUAAAAUCUAACUCAAUUGCAAAAAGCUAAACAAGUAUUAGCUAUUAUCAACAAAAUGAAAGAAAAGUCAACUGAAAACACACAUAAACUUAAGCAAAUGCUUUAAAAAUCAAUUUAGUAAAAAGCUGUUGAUUUAUAAUUGCUAACGAAGCUUAAAAAUUCUAUCUUAAAGUAACUCAGCUUCAUUAACUCUCAAUCUAUGCAAUAGCUGCAGUAAUUUCUUGAAAAGAAUUACUGUUUGAUAGAGCAAUAAAAAAGUGAAAACAAUUUACAGAAUGAAAACAUAAAACUUUAAGAAAAUGGAAAUCUUGACACAAUUUUAAAAUUAGUUGCAAACAAAACAAAUCAAUGCGACUCAAAAUACUUGGAUUCACUUCAAUCUGAGCUUCUCAAAAUUUAAGUCAUAAUAAAUGACUUGAAAAUAGAAAAGAAUGUUUUUCUACCAAGCAAGCAAUAAAUCAACUUUUAAGAUUUUACUUAAGAGUAAAUCGAUGACAUUCAUUUGCUUAGUAAAAAAAUAAGCGAGAUGAACAACAAAUACAGAUGCAGCUAAGAAUAAGAAAUUUUAUCAUUCAAAAUUUAACCAUCUUCUUAUUCUACUUGUAGAGCUUUGUUUAAUUAAAACAUAAUUAAGCAAAAUAAAUUAAAUUAUUAUUAUAAUUUACUAAAAAAAUACCCUAUUUUCGAGUUUGAAAGCUUUUAUAAGUCUUACUUUAAUUGUAGAUAUUAAUUACAACUUAGCUCUCUAAACAACAGCUAGCAGUAUGGACAAAUAAUUCAAAACAAUUCAAAUUAUAUAUUCUAAGUAGUCCAGCAAUCUAACACUACCACUGCUUAUAUGAAAAUAAACUAGGCUAGCUUGUAUAGAGUAGUAGUUGAAAUGAACCUCCAUAAUGUCUAUAAUAAGUAUUACAUUUUCGUUGGUCUUAUAAGCAACUUUAGUAAAGAUAAUACAUAUAUUUCUGAUGUGAACAAAGUCAACAGUUUUGCAGUUGAUAGGUAAAGCACAAGCAAAGGAGUUAGUAAAAUCGUGAAAGGAAGGGUUCUAAAAGACUUACAGUAUCCCGAUGAUUACAAGCAGAUAGAAAUUACCUUUUGUGUUGAAUCAAAGCUCUUUUAAGUAUGCGAUUACCCUAACAGAGAAAAUGUUAAUGAAAUUGAUGACAACAGAUUGUAUCUGUUAAAUACCAGUUAAGAAUAUCUUUUAGGCUUUUAACUCUUUAAUAACGGCGACAGCAUAACCAUUUUACAAUGUGAAGAAUUAGAGUACCAAAACUGA